GACAUGUGAAGGCGCAGCGACGAGCGCAGUGAAACAAGCUGGUGGCGACGUCUCGCAUCUGAAGCCGCGAGAGAUUGAGUUGCGAGUGGCAGGUGAAAGGUGGCUAGAACAAGUGAACAGCUCGCGGCUGCCUCGCCAUGAUUCGCCAUUCGUCAUCACUCGUGGUUCGAGAAGGCACGAACGCUACGCACGGACCCUCGUGACUGUCGACCUGCCUGUUUGCUUCGCCUCCUCCGCCGCUACAAGUACCUGCUGACUUCCUCUCUCUUCCUCCACCUGAACAUCAACACCAACCACACCCAUUUGCACGGCAGCGCACUUCAGCAUCACACUCAUCAAUCAGCAACACACUCGACGACACACCACACCCAAUCGCAAUCAUGCAGAUCUUCGUCAAGACCUUGACCGGCAAGACUAUCACCCUUGAGGUGGAGUCCAGCGACACUAUCGACAACGUCAAGUCGAAGAUCCAGGACAAGGAGGGCAUUCCUCCGGACCAGCAGCGUCUCAUUUUCGCUGGCAAGCAGCUCGAGGACGGCCGUACCCUGUCCGACUACAACAUCCAGAAGGAGUCCACCCUCCAUCUCGUCCUCCGCCUGCGUGGUGGUAUGCAAAUCUUCGUCAAGACCCUUACCGGCAAGACCAUCACUCUUGAGGUCGAGUCGAGCGACACCAUCGACAAUGUCAAGUCCAAGAUCCAGGACAAGGAGGGCAUCCCACCUGACCAGCAGCGCUUGAUCUUCGCCGGCAAGCAACUUGAAGACGGCCGCACCCUCUCGGACUACAACAUUCAGAAGGAAUCGACUCUCCACUUGGUGCUUCGUCUUCGUGGUGGUAUGCAGAUUUUCGUCAAGACUCUCACAGGCAAGACAAUCACACUCGAGGUGGAAUCUUCGGACACAAUCGACAAUGUCAAGAGCAAGAUCCAAGACAAGGAGGGUAUCCCACCGGACCAGCAACGCCUGAUCUUCGCGGGUAAGCAGUUGGAGGAUGGCCGCACGUUGUCAGACUACAACAUCCAGAAGGAGAGCACACUGCACUUGGUGCUGCGUCUUCGUGGCGGGCAAUAGAGGCUUUGACGACUUUGGCUGCAUCCGAUGUGAUUAGAGCACGGGCGGCACUCUUGCAAUGACUGUUAUGAGCGAGCGGGUAGAGGUUGCCGGCGAGCAGCACUCUUAAAUGAAAUGAAUGAAGUUUCGGGCUUCCACCUCCUGACUUGCUGUGUCUCUCCAGCUUCCUUUCUUAAAUUAUUUCUUCGUUUGCCAUGAACUCGCCUGCCUAAUGCCUUGAGUCUGCCUCAGUAUGUCACCGCUCUUUGAUCGUGGGCGCGGGCGUCUGCCUCGAAGUUCGACCUGGGGAUGGUGACGCUUCCGCUUUUAGCUACGACCUGGUCUUGCGAGACUCUGCGACAGCCCGUUUGCCAGUACGACGGCAAAGUGUGAGCUCAGCACCAUU